AUGCCUAUGUUCUUUCAGUAUGCCUUUGGUAAGCAGGUCACAGUAAUAAUUGUCUGCUUUGAGGUGUUUAUUGAUAGGCCAACAAACUUACUUGCCAGGGCACAGACUUUUUCUAAUUAUAAGCACCAUAACACAGUAAAAAUUAUUAUUGGAUUUACUCCACAAGGAACUGUCUGUUUUGUGUCUGAGGCUUGGGAUGACCGUACCUCUGACAACUACUUGACUGAGAAGUGUGGGUUUUUAGAAAACCUACUUCCUGGUGACAUGGUAAUGGCUGAUCGGGGAUUUACUAUUUGUGAUAGCGUUGGGUUGAAACAAGCCAAGUUAGUAAUCCCAGCAUUUACUGAGGGAAAGUCACAGUUAGAUCCUGUAGAUGCGGAGCGAACAAGGGGCAUUGCAAAUGUGGGAAUCAAUGUGGAGAGAGUUAUUGGCUUGUUGAAGCGAAAGUGCAUCAUUCUAGAAGGAACACUGCCUACAGAUUUUCUCUCUUCAAACCGCAGAGGAACUCCAGAUGCUAAGAUCCCUAUGAUAGACCAAACUGUAAGGGUUUGUUCUGCCCUUGUUAAUUUAUGCCCUCCAAUAAUUCCUUUUGAUUAA